CUUCUGGCCGUCACAAGAUGUCACGCAUCAAUCCUGAAACGUACUCAAAGAACCUCAGAGCAAGGACUUGGGCGUGCUGAUUUUUUUCUACGUUGUCUGUUUCUGUUGUCAACUUUUUACUGUUUGUUGAUGGGUGAUGUGCUGGGAGCUCUGUCGUAUUUGACAGGAAAUGGGAAGAAAUUAUUAAUCUGUGCCAUAUCAUAAACAAUUGGGCCUUACAUACUUCAUAAAUUGCAUUUUCAAUUUACUGUGAUAUUAACGGGUAUUUAAGCUACAUGAAGGAAGAGGGAAAUUAAUACUCCGUAUACAGCUUGUUUUGUGUGCUUCCCUAGUCUGGAAGAUAUAAAGAAACUUCAAAUGUUUUGAGGCUGAAGAAACGGCCUAUCUUCUUAUGAGCAGUCAUCAUCUUUUUACUUUUGUGGAACAUUGGAAAGUUUUAGUACAAAUACCUGAACACAAGUACAAAUGCAGAUUUGGAUGAAUUUUUGUAGCCAUUGCUGGUGAAACUUGAAUAUUUCUGUGGCAUAUUAACUGUUCUCCAAAAUGUAUCAUGCACCAAUGUAUCCUCACAUGGUGGUUCAAGUUGGGCAGCAGGGUCACUUCCACCCACUUUUGGAUGCCUCCCACCGACAAAACCGUGGGCCUUCAAAUUUGCCUCAUCCAAUGAGUCACUAUGAACAGGGGUUGUUUGGCGUUGAAAAUAUUCGCUCUAGUCAGAAUUACAAUGGACGGAACUCUGGCAAUAGCAACUUAAACAAUUGUCCUGUCACUGGAAGUACUGGCAAUAAUAUGGCUAGUAAUGGACCUUGGCGUAUUCCCAUCAAUGUGAUGGGUCCUCCACCAAUGCAGAGACAAAUAAAUAACGGCUCAAUGAAGAAGGGCUAUUGGGCAAAGAGUUCUCAUAGGUCAAGUUCUCAUGAAGGUCCACCACGAGGCUCACACACUGAGGCGUACAGUUCAGACAGUGGGUUUUCUUCGAGAUCCCCUACCCCUAGCAGCCAGCAGGUUUCACCUAGCAGUUGCAAGAGCAGCAGUAGCAGCAGCAAUGAUGAAGACACCACUUCAGCAGGGGGUGAACCAGCACCUAAACCAUCUAGAUUUAAAGGCCAGACUCCUGGGGGUGAUGGCAACAAACGUCCAGAAUGCUACCCCAACUUCUACCAGCCAUACUUCCCACCGGGCGGUGAAUUUAUGGGACAGUUGGGUGUUCAUCAAAAUUGCUCGCCGCACUUUCAUCAUGCUCAUCCCCACCACCAUCACGGCCACCGUAAUCAGGUCCAGCAUGAACCAAACAUUCCCAGUUUCCACCAGCAUACCCAGCACAUCCCAGUGCAUCCGCAGCCACAGCGUCGGUGUGAAAGCCUCACUAACUUGUCCCAACAAGGAGCUCCUAAUACUCAGGGCAAGCGCAGGUACCAAUCUAGUCGCCACUCUCCACCUGCCAAUUUUAGGAACUCCAACAGAGGAAGACGAGUUCCUUCAGGCACAAUGGUUCACAGCACUUCUGGCUUCAGUGCACCUGAUCGAUUCCUGCAGCGCUCACACCUCAUGUAUAUCACAAAUAAACCAACCGAUCUCCUUGCAGGCAAUGAGUGGGAUGAGGUCUCAGCUGCAGUGUGGGACAAGUUUGUUCAGAACCAGCAAACAGAAGAUGUGUACAGGAAUAAAAUGGAUUUAUGGAAAAAACUCUUUUACCACAUAAAGGGAUUUUACCCAAGGUAUGGCCUUUUCCUAGUUGGAUCGACAAUUAGUGGCUUUGGUAGCAACCAAAGUGACAUGGACAUGUGCCUCCUCGUACGCCAUACAGAAAUGGAUCAGCGUAUUGAAGCAGUUGGACAUUUAGAGCGCGUUCUAAAAUGCCUACGCCAGUGUUCUUUUAUCAAAGAUGCUGAUUUAAUCCAAGCUAAGGUACCCAUAUUGAAGUUCAGAGAUGCGGAACAUAAUUUAGAAGUAGAUUUGAACUGCAACAAUGCAGUAGGCAUUAGAAAUACCCACAUGCUGUUCUGCUAUGCUCAGAUGGACUGGAGGGUUCGACCUCUUGUUUUGGUCGUGAAGUUGUGGGCAACUGCAAAAGGUAUUAAUGAUGCCAAAAAUAUGACUAUUUCAUCAUAUUCCCUUGUACUUAUGGUCAUUAACUUCCUGCAAUGUGGAACGAGUCCUCCAGUGCUACCCUGCCUCCACAAGCUACACCCAUCCAAGUUCCAGCCUCACACUGACCUUCACUUCAUUGAUCUCCAUGAGGAACUGCGACCAGUCAAGUCUGAAAAUCAGCAAACUUUGGGAGAGUUGCUUUCUGCGUUCCUAGAAUACUAUGCCCAAUUUGAUUACACAAAGGAUGCCAUAUCUGUGAGGACAGGAAGUCUGCUUUCAAUUGAAGAAUGCCGACAUGCAAGAAGUUUUAAGAAUGAUCCUCAUCAGUGGAAGUACCUUUGCAUUGAAGAACCAUUUGACUUGACGAACACAGCUCAUUCUGUUUAUGAUCCUGAGGCAUUUGAGAAGAUAAGAUCUGUGUUCAGAUCUUCUUAUGAGGCUCUCAAAGAAGUUCAGAACCUUGAUGUCAUAUUUAGUCUACCAGAGAGCAAGGAAACAGAGACAUCACAAGAGCCACCACAGAAGCCAACUCAAUUGCCAUCACAAGUGCCAUUGCAGGAGCUACCUCACAUGCCACCUCAGGAGCUACCUCUGGAAAUACCUCAGGAGCUACCUCUGGAAAUACCUCAGGAGCUACCUCAAGAGGUACCUAAGGAGCUACCUCAAGAGGUACCUAAGGAGCUACCUUUGGAGCCUUCCCAGGAGCCACCCCAGGAGCCACCUCAGGAUUCACCUCGGGUGUCAUCACAAGAGUCAUCACAAGAACCUUCAGAUUAACUUUCUGUACCACCUCGCUCGAGCUUGAGGAUUAAAGUUGUUUCUGAAAUUCCUCUUUGACUUGUGGUAGUUAGUGAUUGCAAGUUGACGGAGCAUUUGUUGGGUUGUUACUGGCUUUACAUGUGCAUCUCCAAAAAUGUGUACGGAUACAAAUUUAAUUUUAUUUCAGGAGUUCCUUGUGUGUCUAGUCCAAAUGGUGUAUUCAAACUUAAGUUUUAUUUUUUUAUGUUAAAUUGUAUGUUAUAUUUGACAUUCCAUUUUGGACUGAACGGAGCCAGUGAUCUGAGUUAUUAUACGAUGCCUGGCGCAACUUUUUGAGGAACCAACUAGUGGACAAGUUCUAAUGCAUUCCAAUUGAAACUGAACUAGUCAACUAUGAUAUUGUGGACUGCGAACAGAACUAGUCAACUCUGAUAUUGUGGACUGUGAUGUCAACUUUAAGUACUGUGACUUGUGAACUUUGCUAUUCUCAUUGUGCCAGUGCUAUGUAAUGCGAACAAGUGCUUAUCUUUGAAUCUGAAGCAGUUCUUUUGAUUCGUUGAAGGUACAAAAGCAUUUAAAUUUUAACUUCUUUUUAUUUAUAUAUCCAAUAUACAGUCAUAAUUUGCUAUAAAAUGAUUUUGCAAGUUAGACUGUUUUGACUGGUGCCAAGUACAUUGUAAUAUUUGGAAAAAAAAAAUACUCAAAAGAAAAGAAAAAAGUAUAAAAGACAAAAAAUUUUAUUAAAAAAAAGAGAGAAAAAGAUGUUUAUUUGUACGACAGUUGUUAUUUAUUGAGGGAUAAAGUGUUUGUUGAACAAGACGAACUAGUUCUUCUUAUAUGUAUGUGUGAAAAGUGUGUGUGUGUGUGUGAAUGAGUGUGUAUCAUGGGUUUUACCUGUCUGCUUUCUAAUGAUACAAAAUUCCAAGUCCUUUCUACAUUUUUAAGAGAAAAAAACAACAAAUUGUUGGUGCUGUGCGCCAGUUUAAUUGUGCUGCAUUGUCAAUGUUUCUUUUUAAUAAUAUGAUUAUGUACCAUGUUCACGUUAGAAAGGUGUUUAUACUUGCAUAUGGUCAGAUGCAGUGUGAGGCUGGUAAUUGUCUCAUGACUGAUGUUCCGCAACAAGCAUGUUAAUAUAAGAUGAUUUUGAGAUAUUGUGCAUGUUUGGAGUUGGUGGAAGGCAGAUGAAUCCAAACAAUGUAUCCAUGAGUCCUGUGUUCAAAUAGUUUCAAAAUUAUUGUUAGUUACAUUAGACAAAAUUCUGAUUUGUAUUUUAUAAUAGUUGGUAUAUUGCUGUUACUUAUAUUUUUGUUGAUAUUACCUUUAAGCUAUAAGUUUUCAUUAUAAGAAAAUUUUAAUAAUGGUUAUACAAUAGGAUGCACUUAGAAAAUGUUCCAUUGGUUUCCAACAGGAAGUCUGAUAUGUUAAUUUAGUAGAGCUUUUCUGAUUGUGUGGUUAUGAAGGGUCUUUUUUUUUUUUUUGUUUUUUGAAGCUUUACAAUAUCCUUCAAGAGCUGAUUGAAAUUGAAUGAGAUCUAUGAAUUUUGGUUUAAUCUCAGAAAUGGCCACUGUUUCUGUGAAUCUCAGAAAAAUUGUGAUUACUCAGAACUUGUUCUGUACCCUUCAUGUGCAUACUACCAAUUCUAUUUACUUUGCUUAAAUGGAAUGUUCAUUUAGUUUUUUGAACCUUUUGAAUGAGACUGAUCCUUCCCUUUACCCCGGGUAUUCAUACUGAAUCUCGUGCAGUAUGUUGGCUAUGUAGCACUGAAGAAAACGGAAAGGCAGCUGUACACCCAUGCUGUGAACAUUUUAUGUAUCUUUCAUGCGGCGUUUCAAACACAUUUGUGAUUCCCUAAAUUCUCAGUGUUUGUUCUUUUCAGCAGUAAUUCAUGCGCAAAGUGUGUAAAGAAACUUUCUGUCUCGCAUCUUUUGUCCCGAAGAUUGUUUCCAAUGAGAAUGUUUCUCAUCACAGUUGUCCUUUUGAAAGUAUAAUGAUGCCAUCCCAAUCGACUUUUGGACAUUUGACUUACACUUCUCCAAUCAUUCAGUUACUUUCUGUUUACCUCCUUAUUGAACAUGUUUGUUUGCAUGUAAACUAGCACCUUUCAAAUUCUUCCAUGAACAGAAUUAUUUUAUGUUAGGAUAUUUUCAUUUCUUUGUAUUGAGACAUUAGUUUUUGAAUGAUAUUCCUACCUGUACCUUUUGUUUUUCUAGUUGUUGUACAAUUCAACUACCAUGAGGAGGUUCAGUUCCAUUUGUGAAGUGUUGUUCUACUACAAAAUAUCAAGUUUGUAGUUAGCAGAAACUUCCAUGCAUUGUUAUCAACUUUUCAUUUCUGAAUCUGUCUCAGCAUGUUGGGUGUGGCAGUCUGACUACUAAAGUUGUUAAUUGUGAUUUGUACAUUAUUACUCUUACUGUUACAGAUAGUAGAGUCUUCUGAAAUAUUUUCUAAGGAGCAUGUAUUAUUAAAUUUUGAUUGAAGAUAUUGCUCUUCCAUUAUAAUAAUAGACAAUACAUUAUACACACUGUUCAGCAUUGGUAACAAUAAUUAAAAACAAUAAUUUUAAUUGAAAUUAACAUAUCAUUUGUGUUAUGUCAUCGAAUGUGCAGUUUCUUUGCUGUGUUAUUUGUUGUGAAAUGAUAAUUGAAAGACUGUAAAGAUCAAUGAUAGUGAAUAUUAAUUUUUCUUGUAUUUAUUAAUUCUUAUAGAAGGUUCCUUUUCUGGCUUAAAAGAGAGUUCAGAAACAUGAGCAUCCUUGAACUUCUGUGUAACUUGUGUCACUCUCUGUUCGUUCUCAUUGGUCUGUUCUUGAAUUAUUAGUCUGCAAGAUUCUCACGACCUUUUUAAUAAACUGCACAUUUGGAGAGAGGUCUUGUUCCUUUCAAGUAUCGGCCAUUUAUUUUUUUUAAGUCAAGUAUUGAACUGUAAAUUUAAGUUUACUUUUAAGUUUUGAGAUGCUCUGUGGCACUCACUAUGUCC